UAGCCACUAGCGUCUCCAACGACUCCGAUUGCCUCGUGCCCCGUCUGAUCCUUUAUUUGCCUUCACCUCACCAAUUGAUUUUAUACUCAUUCUCAUCGUCCCAUAUAAUUAAAGCAAGACGAUGUAAUGAUUAACAUACGAUGAGUUGCUAUGACAAAAUGUCCAACACGCUCACUCCAUUUGUAUAUUGGGCUCAGACGGAGAGUCAAGUUACGCUGAAGGUAGACUUGACUGAUGUAAAGGAUCUUAAUGUCAAUCUAAAAGAAACUACAUUGCAAGUUACAGUCUAUGGACAUGGAGCCAGAGGAGUGAACAGUUACAGCUUUGAUUUAAAUCUUUAUUCACCUAUUGAUCCAAAUGAAAGUAAUUACAAGGUAAUCGAUCGUGAGGUGAACUUUGUUUUGAGAAAGAAAUGUAAUGGCUGGUGGCCAAGACUAAUAAGUCAACCACAGAAGCCCUCAUGGCUUAAGAUUGAUUUUGAUAAAUGGAAAAGUGAAGAUAUGGAUGACAAUGAAGAUGAGAAGCGUGAUAUUCUCAAUGAUUAUCCUGACAUGUAUGAUAAAUUGCACAAAGAAGAACUAGGAUAUAGAAAAGAGGACUUUGCGAAGGUGUAUCUAGUCAUAUAUAAUCUCUGUCAAUUUGUCGGUUUUAUUUAUGUGUUUGCUGUAAUGGCUAUAAGAUAUUCUCGCGAUGGACCAGAUUCCAUGAAAGAAACAUAUGAUGCAGUUGGCAAUCCAUUCAAAUUUAUACAAUUGUUACAAUUUUUGGAGGUAAUGCAUCCUCUAUUCGGAUAUACGAAGAACAGCGUACUAGUGUCUUUGUUACAAACGGGAGGUAGAGCAUUCAUACUGUUCUUCAUGAUCGACGCUGAGUCUCGUAUGCAAACCAAACCGGUCAUUUUCUAUCUGUUUCUGAUAUGGAGCACAGUAGAAAUAAUCAGAUAUCCGUAUUACAUCACGCAACUGUUGAACAUUCAGAUAACUUUCUUAACGUGGCUGAGAUACACAAUAUGGAUACCGUUGUAUCCGCUCGGCUUCGUAUGCGAGGGUAUUAUAAUGCUACGAAAUAUUCCAUACUUCGAGGAAACACAGAAGUUCACAAUUUCUUUGCCAAACAGUUAUAAUUUUGCUCUUCACUUCCCGUCUCUAAUAAGACUUUAUUUACUCUUCUUAUUCAUGCCUGGAAUAUAUACGGUAAUGUCUCGAAUGAAUCAGCUGCGCUUCAGAAAACUUAACAAUAAGUCUAAUAUUAAGAAGAAGUACAACUGAUUUCGCGGGAUAGAUAAUCUUCAGGCUUGUAUUCCUCUUUUUAUCUAUAGUCUCAUCUAUAGUCUAUUGCGCAGAAGAUAUAGGUAAUAAAAAAAGCGUGAGACGCAUAGAAGGCAUAAUAAGCUCUGUUUAGCAUAUACAGUUUUUAUAAUAACGUAAUUUUGUAUAGAUAUUUAUAUCGCUU